AUUGGAGGUUUGUUUUUAUUAUUUUGUUUCUAUUUAUUAAAAUAAAAUAAUAAUAAUAUUUAUUUAGAAAUAUGUUUAUUAACACGAGCUAAACGUGUAGCAGGUGUUCGUUGUGUAACAUAUUGUAAUUUAUAUUCAUUAGAUUCAAGUCAAUUUGAAACAGUUCUUGAAUCUUAUCCAUUAAUGAGAAGAACAAUGGAAUCAGUUGCGGCUGAAAGACUUAAUAAAUUAGGAAAAAAUCCAUCAAUAAUAUCAACACGACAUGAUUUAAAACGUGAUGCAGCUGUUUUAAAAGAUAUGAUAAAUCGUGUAACACCACAACCAUCAAGUGAUGAAUCAUCUAAAGAAGAUGAAGAUGAUGAAGAAGAAGAAGAAGAAGAAGAAGAACAAGAAAAUGAAGAAGAAGAUAAUAAAUCUUUUUCAUCAUCAUAUAAAAUAAAACAAAGUAAUUUUAAAUCUUCAUUAACAUAUAUUCAUGAUCAAUUAAAUAAAUCAAAUGAUUAUUUUCAAUAUUUAAAUAAAAGACGAAGAAAAAAAAAAAGAUCAGUAGAAAAUAAAACUAAUCAACAUAGUUAUUUAGCUGCCCCAUCAUCAACAUUUAAUUUAACAACAGAUAAAAAUAAAAAUCGAAUUCGAAUUCGAAAAUCUCCAACAACUCCUUUAUCACUUUUUAGAAAAAUUCCUUCAUCAACAACUUUUUUUUCUAAUCAACCUUGUUAA